AACCUACACCAACAUAAAAGAAGAAUCAGCUGAUUGCUGAAAACAUUUAACAUUUUUAUGUGUGGUGUGAUGAAAACUAAAAUGUUAUCACUACCUGCAUUUAUAAAUAAACAUUGAGGUUUUCCUAAAAGUAUGAAUAGAUAAAACUUUAAAAUAUGGAAUUUGGGUGUUGGUACUUUCUCAUUUUUAAUUUAUCGUUAGUACUUAUACAUUAUGCUACAGGUUUAACAGGCACCUUACAUAAAAAUAUAAAAUACUAUGAGACUAUCCACUCUGACCAACUAACCCAUAAACUAGUCAAGAGGGGUGUCAAGGAAAGUACUCACCCUUACAAUCAAAUAAAGGAGGUGAACUUACGAACUCACGGUAGAGAUUUCCGGCUGAUUCUUUCACCAAAACGAGACAUUUUGCAUUCCAAUUUUAAAGCUUAUGCUGUAGAUGGUGAUGGCAAGGAAACAAGUGUUCAUAUAAAUCGUGAUGAUUUCUAUCAUGGAAGAAUGUUUGGAGAAACAGAUUCACAUGUUAGUAUGCACAUGGAUGAUGGUAUGUUAACUGGUAGCAUACAUCUACCUGAUGAGACAUUUCACAUAGAACCAUCUUGGAGACAUUUGCCUCAUUUUAAUAACCGAACGAUGAUUGUUUACAAACAGUCUGAUAUUAAAUUUAGUUGGGACGCUCAAGAAUCUCCUGAACACCCACCGAGACACAAGGUUUGUGAUUAUGUUAAAGAAGGUGCUGAACUAGAGAGUGACGAAGAUAUUGUAGAUGAAGAUGAAGAGCUUGAGAAGCAUAUAAGGGAAAAGAGACAGAUCGACCAAUAUGAGUACACUCCAACCAAGACUAGAUGCCCUCUACUACUUGUAGCUGAUUACAGAUUUUUCCAAGAGAUGGGUGGGAGUAAUACUAAAACCACUAUAAAUUAUUUAAUUAGCCUUAUUGAUCGUGUUCACAAAAUAUACAAUGACACGAGUUGGCAAGACCGACAAGAAGUAGACGGCUUCAAAGGUAUGGGAUUUGUAAUUAAGAAAAUUGUUGUUCACAGUGAUCCGACUCGAAUAAAAUCUGGCGAAGCUCACUAUAAUAUGUUUAGAGAUAAGUGGGAUGUCAGAAAUUUACUAGAGGCCUUUUCUAGAAAUAAAGACAAUGCGGGAUAUUGUUUAGCACAUUUAUUCACGCACCAAACAUUUAAAACUAGAAAUUCUGUCGUACUUGGCUUGGCGUAUAUUGCAUCUCCUAGAUUGCAUACCAGAGGAGGCAUUUGUAGCAAGGAGUACUUUAAAAACGGCUACACGUUGUACUUAAACUCUGGUCUUAGCUCCAGUAGAAAUCACUACGGUCAAAGAGUUAUUACCAGAGAAGCUGAUUUGGUAACUGCCCACGAAUUUGGGCAUAACUGGGGAUCAGAACACGACCCCGAUAUCCCAGAAUGUUCUCCGAGUGCUAGUCAAGGGGGCUCCUAUCUUAUGUAUACUUAUAGUGUUAGCGGAUACGAUGUAAAUAAUAAAAAAUUUUCCCCAUGUAGUUUAAGAUCUAUCAGAAAGGUUCUGCAGGCUAAGUCUGGCAAGUGCUUCUCAGAACCCGAAGAAAGUUUCUGUGGUAAUCUAAGAGUUGAAGGAGAUGAAGAAUGCGAUGCCGGUCUAUUAGGAACCGAAGAUAAUGACGCGUGCUGUGAUAAGGAUUGUAAACUAAGAUCAAAGGCUAUGUGCAGCGAUAAAAAUUCACCGUGCUGUCAGAACUGCCAAUUCAUGCGCAAUGGUGUCAAAUGCAGAGAUGCGCAGUACGCUACGUGUGAACAGGAGUCGAGAUGCACCGGACAACAGGCGGAAUGCCCCAAAAGUCCGCCCAUGGCAGACGGAACGGAUUGUCAAGAGAGGGGUAAAUGUAGAAAUGGCAAGUGCAUACCCUUCUGCGAAACUCAGGGCAUGCAAAGUUGCAUGUGUGACGUCAUUGAAAACGCCUGUAAAAGAUGUUGUAGAUCGAGCAUUAAUGAGACAUGCUCGCCAGUUGAUUCAGCUGAUAUUUUAGCUGAUGGAACUCCAUGCAUUCAAGGAUUCUGCAAUAAUGGCCACUGCGAAAAGACAGUUCAAGACGUAGUCGAGCGCUUCUGGGACAUAAUAGAAGACAUCAACAUCAACAAAGUCCUACUAUUUUUAAGGGACAAUAUAGUCGGCACGGUCGUACUAGUAACCGCUUUGUUGUGGAUUCCUGCUAGUUGCGUCAUCAGUUACUUCGACAGGAAGCGUCGGAGAGAAGAGUUCAACAGAUGGGAGUGGAGGCACGACAGGAAUCUCGUACAUAGCUCUGAUGGUACAAAGAAAGUGAUACGUUUGAAUAUGCCUAGAUCUAGAAACGUUCAGCAAGUACAGACUAAUCGAUCCCGAGAACCGAUGGGUACUGAAUAAGGUUGCUAGUCUAGGAAAUUUUAUUUAUUGCAGGGAAAAUUAUUUACUGUUUAAAACUCGAUAGAGCUUUCAAUGAUUUUAAAGUGUUUCUGUCUGUUUUAUUUGCGAACGAUGUAUUUUAUGCCAUGACUAGACUUUUUGGUUGUCUGAUCCAGAAUGUAAGGUUCCGUUGUUCUUCUUCUUCAUUUGUUUAAUACCGUUACUUACUUACUCCGUGGCAUAUCCAUUCCCCUCUGUCUUGAGCAAUCUCCAUCCAAUCCUCUAUAAUAAAAUAGUUUGUUGUAAGGGGAAUGAACGUCCCUCUGCUAGGGGUUGGAUAUCAGGAAUACACUAAGUACUCAUAUGUUUAUUUAAUCACUAUAUACGCUAGUAACGAGUUGGUGGACAAAAUCUAUAUUCUAACUACAUUGAUGUCUAAAUAAUGAAUGAUGAAUAAUGAAUGAUCUCUUUCUUUACUUUCUACGUAUCUAUAAAUAAAUCCCAAUUGUCUGUUAUUAUUGACGACAACGUUGUGGCCGUGAAACAGUACAUAAUUGCUGACUCCGUUGUUUUUCGAAACAAGUGGCCUACAUUGCAGAAGCAAUGUCACCUAAUUUACGAAAUCAAAACAAUGCAUGUAAAUAAUAUUUGUUUGAGACUUUUAAAAAUUAAAUCGAUAUGGAUUACUCUUAUUUUUUGAAUGCUAAUAUAAAUCCUGUACACCUCCACGCGCCCAUAGCUUUAAAGUCUCCUGCUAUAUUAUCUCGCCAGCGGAGACGAGGUCGUCUUCCAGUUGGGAGUUCUUCCCAUACGAGCCUUACUAUUCUUUCGUCUGAACAUCUUCUGGCUCUUCUGAGAUGGCCUGCCCAUUGGAGUCUUCUGGAUUUUAUUUCUUUUAUUAUGUUAGCGUCUGGAUAUAGUUCUUCGAGCUCUUUGUUAGUUCUUAUCCUAUAUUGUCCUGCUGCUUCAUCAAACACAGACCCAAAGAUCUUUCUUAGGACUUUUCUUUCCCAAACACGUAGUCGCUCUUCGUUUGUCUUUGUUACCGUCCACGUUUCGUUACCAUACAUGACUACGGGUCGUAUGACUGUUUUUUUUUUAGUUGUAUCUUUGUAUAUCUUGUUAGUUGUUAGGAUUUUAUAUGGUUUUGAAGGGCAUAAAGACAUAUGUUGCCGGCUUGUAACCUUCUGUUUGUUUCUUGUGAUCCGUUAUGGUCUUCAGUUAUUGUUAUAAGAUACUUAAAUUUUCUGACGCGCUCAAAAUUAAAGUUAUCGAUGGUAAUGUUCUGUCCGAUUCUUGUUUCAGUUAUUGCGGCUCAUAUACAAUUAUAUUGUUACAAAACUGACUUUUCUAUGAUCUUUUAGGCACUAAUGUUUAGUUUUAGUUGACUUUAUUUAUUUUUAAUAACGUACUUCUAAACAAAUGAAAAACACGGAAUUUAUAUACUUUAUUUUACAAACUCCGAUAUAUAAUUUAUUUAUUACACCAAAUCUACUAAUUUAUCUAAUUACAAAAAAAUAUAACGCGCCCGUUACAUAUCAAAGUACACUGACGGUUUCAAAUUCACAACUCCUUGCUAAUUUCAAAAUCCCUCUUAUUUAUACAAUGCUUAAUAAUCUCGAACACAAAAGAAUUAUCCAGAAUAAACGAGUAUUUACAUAAUAACUUAAAGCACGUAAAAUCGACUUUACUAGUUCAAUAACAAAAGAACAAUUAUUAGAAAAAGGUAUGUAGACAACUCGAUCGAGAUCUUUUUUUAAAUUAGGGUCCCUCAUAAAUCAUUGUAUAAAAAAGGUUACUUGGUAAACAUCUUCGGCGUCUGUUAGACCGGGAGCUGAAAACAGUCGGGUGACAUAAUCAUGUCACAAUAUGUAUUUAGUUAUGUUUUCAUUGAUUAGGAUCCCCAUCUUCUUUGCUUUCUUCUCGAGCCUUACGAAAGUCCCCUUCAUCCUUAAUCUGGUGUUUCCUAUUGAUAUCAUCUGCAAAUGCUAACAGUAACUUUGGCCCUUCUGAUAGUUGGUGAUAGUUUAUUGCUGAAAUACAUCUGAUAUAAGUUUCGAAACAGUGUAAAAUGUUUAAAAAUUAUUUGCCAUAGAGAGAUAUGCACGUAUAGUAUUUUUACUACAAAAGCGAUAUUACUUAGGUCAAAAUUUUUGACGUAAGAGAACUGUCAAAACAUUAGAAUGUGACUUUUCGUUAUUGCCAUGUUUAUAAUAAACAUGGCAAUAAUGAAAAGUCACAUUCUAAUGUUUUGACAGUUCUCUUAUGUCAAAAAUUUUGACCUACGUAAUAUCGCUUUUGUAGUAAAAAUACUAUAAUAGUCAUUCGUCGUGUAAAAAUAUAUUAUUGAUGUAAUGAAUGCUCUACGUUAUACUUAACGUACUUAUAAGUAAUUAACAUACUCUAGUCAACUGACGAUUUAAACAAAAAUGUUACUUAAUGUUACUUUCUUUUAUAAACGUGAAACGUUAUUGUUUUUUUAAUAAACUAAAAGUCAAACAAUUAGGCAUGCAUGCACGUCAUAGAUUUAAUGACAUCAUCAACAAAUUCAAUAAAUUUUUCCUCAUAUAUUAGUUUUUUCGCUACCAUCAAGUUUAACAGGAAAUCGCUGUUGCCAAAUAAAAAACAUAUGUAUAGUCGGUUCGCUCAACUCAGACACAACUGGCUAGUGAUUUUAGUAGGUAAUUUUUUUGUUUUUGGCAAAUUUUGCCAAAAUUUGCAAAAUUUCUAAAUAUUUAGUAGUUAUUUUUUUUUGCCAAUUUAACCAAAUUGUCAAAAUUACUUACUAAAAUCACUAGUCAAUAGUGUCUGAGUUUAGCGAACCGACUAUAUAUGUAUUUAUCACAGCAACUACAGGCUACAUUGUUUCUUUUUGUCUUUAAGAGUGUGAAACAAAGAUAACUAUCUGCAAUAUAAGUGUCAAAGUUAUGUUGUCCUAUAGGUUAUGUAAGAUUUUUAUUCGUUUAUUUUUUUCUUCUUGUUUUAUGGCCUUGAGAGCUGCGCCAAUUUAGCCGGCAACAUUUCUUAAAAUUAACGCCCAACUAAACCUACCAUACAACAAAACUAUUACGAACCUAAUCGACAAAACAAUGAUAGGUCAGUUACCAUUUACAAUCUCACCAAAUAUAAUAAUGACUUCAUAUCGUCCCUGCCAUUUCCAACUGUCGAAUGUGAAAAGUGAUACUUUUCAGGAGAGCAAAAUAACUCUUUUUUAGAGACCCCUAAAUCAGCGCAUUGACAAAUGGGAAAAUUUUUAUAUUUUUUGUAUGUAAUGUUUAAUCCUUGUUAGAUUGAUAACAAAUUUUAACUGCUUAUCAUUUUUUUCUUUCCAAAAAAUCACAUUCGUUACUUUGCUUUUUGUAUUAAUCAAAGAUUUGUUUCGGUCCGAUGAUUCAAAGUAGUGAAUGUAUAAUAGCGAAUAACUGUAUAAUCAAAUAAUGAAAAUCCGUUAAAAUGAAAUCAUAAAUUGCCUCACAAGAAUUUCUUGGAAGCGAUACUGAAACAAAAUUCGCACAAAUUGUAAACACGUACAUUUUAUUCUUCUCAGCAGUUUAGCAUUUUCGACAGUAGUUUACAGAUUAUAAUUUAAUAACUGUUGAAUAAAUUACAGCACAAACUAACGAAUGUGACACAUUCGACAUUCAGCGUACAUUCAGCGGACAUACCUUUAGUUAUAUUUAUACAAAACAAAAGUAUCGAAUAUAACCAUUCUCGUCAGUUUGCAGUCAACCAAAUGAAAAAAUGUUCAUAUUCGAUGGUUUGAACAGCAUAUUUCCCGCGCUCCUAAUCAAGCUACAAUAACGAGAAUUUGCCACAAGAUGGUAUCACGUAUAAUGCGAGGGCAAGGUAUCGAAACUGAAAAACCCGAUUUUUCACAUUCGAUAGUUGGAAAUGGUAGGGACGAUAUAAACUCGUCAUUAAUUCUAGCCAAUGAAAUGCUCGCUAUAAUAGGAAUGGCAUGUCAAAAAAAUCUGAUUAUUUCCUAUAUAUUUUUUCAAAUUUAGGAUAUGACAAGGAAAAAAUUACGUGCAUUCCUUAUUGUUUGACUUUUCCUAAAGUUAAGUAAUAGUUGUAAAAAGUGUUUAAUUUAAAUAGUUACCAUUGACAUUGACAUAUCGAAUAUCGAGGAAAUGUUCGUUCAGUAAGCACUUUUCGCAAAAUUGACAAAUAAUCUUUUUCUCAUGGGCAUCUUUUAGUGCGUCACAGUUUUUCGAUUUCUUUCUAACGUAUUAAAUUGUAUGUGACAGAAAAAAGGCACGUCCGUGAUUACAGACAUUUAUAACAUUUAUUCUAGUUGUCGACAGAUGGCGCUAUAAUCGAAAAAAAAUAUUUACGAAUUAUAUAAUAUAUCUACGAAUAUAAUCUGUACAAUUUAUAAAUAUACAAUUUACAUGUGUAUAAACACAAUUGAUUUGUUUUUAUGCCAAAUUGCAAAUAAAAUGUGACAACUGUCAGAUUUAACUAAAAUGUCAUGUUAGAAUAAAUGUUAUAAAUGUGUAUUAUCACGGACUUUCCUUUUUUUCUAUCAUUUGUGACGCACUGAAAGAUGCCCAUGAGAAAAAGUAUAUCUUUACUCAUUUUAUAAUACAUAUUUACCAUUUUCAUGUUAGGCUAAGAUUAUUAAAUUUGUUUCAUUUUAAAAGUAACCUAAUUGAAAAUUUCCACAUUCCAAGAAAAGCAUUUUUAAUUCACUACUUAAGGUAGGAAUACACGAGAGAGUUCUUUAAAAGAUUUUGACCGGCGUGGAUCAAUAAUAUACCACUUCAUUGAGCCGUCGUCAGUACUCUUCCCUUAUCUAGAACAAUGUUUAGAAGUAAAAAAUGGGUAAUUUUGGUUUUAUUAUAAUAAUUAAAUAUAACAAAUUAAUAUAAACCCAAAAAGUUACAUUUUAUGUUCAUUCAGACAUUAUAGUUUAUUUUUUAACCAGGAGGAAUAAACUAAAAAGACAGAUUCACACCCAAGAAAGUCACUAGAAUAAUAACCAAAUACAUUUUCUUUUUUGGUUGAUCUAGUCGGCCCUCAACGGUAAACUAAUCCAUAAAUAUUAUAUUAAAUUAAUACGUCGCUAAAGAGUUCCAAAAACAACUGCUUUUUAUAUAAAAGCAGACUAACAAUCUAAAAAUUAAAGGAAUAACACAGGAAACACAAAAAUCGCCGAUAUAACUUAAUUAACAUAUGAAAUGUCACUAGUGUCAAAAUUUGAUAAAUGUCAAUUGUAAAAAUUUUAUAACAGUGGAGUAAACUUGCCUGCGGUUCACAGUGGUUCCAAAUGCCGAAAACGUGGUCAUGAACUUUUAAAAGCGUUUAUUGUUCAUACACUUCGGAACUACUUUCGUUUUGAGGGUUUUUGGCAUCGCUGAUUACGAAUUUGACAUUAUUUUUUCUGAAGAACAAAAUGGCGGAUCCAACAUGGCGGAAAUAAUAAAAUAUCAAUCAAAACGCAAUUUUUUUUAUUAAAUUUGGUAGUUUAAGGUCCCUGAUUACAAAUCUAACAUUACUUUUUUUAAAAACAAAAUUGUGGAUCCAAUGUGGCCGAAAGAAAUUCGAAAAUUUUAUUUUAAACGCAUAUUUGUUUAAAAUUUUAUAUUAUAAGGGUCUUUUAAAAUUGCUGAUUACCAAUACAUUUUGUUUAUGAAGUACAGUAUCCAGAAACUAUUACUUAUGUACAACCGCCCAUACAUACUCAACAAUCGCCAGAAUCAUGUAAUAUGCGUCCACUUUUAUAUUCAAACAACUGCCAGUAAUGCAUAGGCAGUUAUAGGCAGCUAAACCAAAGUGAUUCUGUAUCUUCUUACUGUAUACUUCAAGAUUAAUAAACAUUAGUCGCAGAAUUUUGUACUUUUUGAAUGUAUUUUUACAAAAGUUUAAUUAUUUCAAGUAUAUUUUCACUAUUUAUGCAUAAACAAAUUUAAGGUAUUUAUUGUUAGUAAAUCUUAAGUUAACUUACAUCUUACAUCACUACAUACUUGAAAAAGAAGAAUCUGCUUUACAGCGAUAAAUAAAAUUGAUCAACUACAAAACGUUUUACAGCGUUUUCAAUAUACGCGUUCUUUUUCACUUUCUCUGCCGGCCAAAAUACCCUCGUACAUGGCUCACUUGUUCCUGAGCUAUGAGCCACAAUAUAUCCAGUCUGAUCCCUAUACCUGCCUAUUACGACUCUACGAUAGUAUGAGAACACAAAUGUAAACAUGAGAAUCCCUAGAUAGGGACAGUUUUCUUCGCCUCAUGACCACGUUUUCAGCAUUUGGAACCACUGUGCGGUUGGACCAAUUACAAACAAGCAAUACAGCGCGGUAAAUUUGAAUCACUCCUCUUGGUUAAAAACAAACCAUAGUUACAUCGGGGAAUUUGACAGGUCAGAUGAUGAUUAUUAAAAAAUACCUCUCGUGUGUUCCUAUCACAUCAAUAUAUGCCUUAUUUAUUUAAAUACAUAGUGACUUACCAUUACUUGUUAAUUUCCAAAUUUAAUGUAAUUUAUGUACAGCAGAAUUUGUUUAAUGUAUGAUGUGAUAUUCAUAUGCAGCGAUAUUACAUAGAUAUUACGGAUAUGGUAUUUUCUACCUUUUAAAGUGGCAUAACACUGCAAAAACACUGGACAUUCCAAAUUGUCAAAAAUAUCCAAAUUCUUUCCAAAAAUCCCUACUCUCAUACCUAUUUUCUUCAAAAUUAAAAUAUAAGUUUGUGACUUCCAUUUUUUUAUCACACUUUAAUGCCGAUGUCAAGAUGUUCUUUUGUUUUCUCCUUCAUAUAUAUUGUUCGGUAAGUAACAUCUUACAAAUAUAGUCGAUUCGCUAAUCUCAGACACAACUUUCUAGUAAUUUUAGUAGGUAAUUAUUUUUUUGCGAAGUUAAGUAUGUAGUUACAUUUUGACAAACUAUUCUUUUUCUCAUAGGCAUCUUUCAGUGCAUCACAGUUUUUCGAUUUCUUUCUAACGCUUUAAAUUGUAUGUGACAGAAAAAAGUCACGUCCGUGAUUACAGACAUUUAUAACAUUUAUUUUAGUUGUAGAUAGAUGGCGCUAUAAUCGAAAGAAAAUUAUUUACGAAUUAUAUAAUAUAUCUACGAAUAUAAUCUGUACAAUUUAUAAGACUAUACAAAUCAAAGAAAAUACAAUUUUAUAAAUGCAAUAAACAUAAUUGAUUUGUUUUUAUGCAAAAUUGCAAAUAAAAUGUGACAACUAUCAGAUUUAACUAAAAUGUCAUGUUAGAAUAAAUGUUAUAAAUGUGUAUUAUCACGGACUUACCUUUUUUUCUAUUUGUGACGCACUGAAAAAUGACCAUGAAAAGGACCAUACAACCAAGCACACGUGCUCAUAGCCAAUAUUAACAGAAAAAAAAAAUAACGAAACAACAAUAAUACUAAUAUCUAAUAAUAUAAACACCGCGAAUAAUACAAUUAUUUACUAUAUGUUAAAUUAUAAUAACUGAAAUUAUAUAUUUUGAAUAUAUACUGAAAAUUGUAUGAAUUAUAUUUUAUUUUAAAAUACACUCCUACUAUUUCUAAUAGUGUGAGGUAGGAACUUUUGUGUUGUAUGUUUCCUACUCUGAUUCUGUCAAAAUGCGUCUGAGUUGAGCGAAUGGAGUUUAGCAGCAUUACCUGUUUUGUAGCUGUGACUGGUGAUUUAAAAUAAAUAAGGUGUAGUUUAUUAACGCAUUUAUUACUUACCAUUGACGUAACUUAAUUAAGUACUUAACAUGACAUUAAUGAACAAUUUAUACCCAAAUGUAAUAUAUUUUCUGUUUUUA